AUGGCGUCUCCACGGCGGGCCCGAUCACUCUUCCUCUCUCCUGAAAAGGCAGAACUACUGGCCGCGCGGGAAAUAAACAACUUGCUACAUCGAGUGGAGGUCGUGCCUCGCAAAGCAGGACCGAGGCAGGCCAGAAGGACGGAUAUCGUGAUGGAUAGAGACUCCGGGGACGAAAGACACAUGUCAAAGGCCAGUACAAUCAACGCGGUCGGCCAUUUCUGCGAAGAAUACCGUCCACCCUCUGUCGCGCUCCAUCGGUUAUCUUAUCUGAACAAGGAACUCCCACCUCCCCCUCUGUCUGAAUCGACCGCCCAGAUUCCACAUCAGAGCAAUGCUGUGAGCCGAGUAUAUAAACAGAAACACGCGGCUUGCCAGACCGUCAUUUCAAUACACAGUCGCUACUCUACUCCGAUCAAACCCUCUACACCGAGCCGCCUCUCAAUUAUCUCUUCUCAGGAGGGUGACUCAGGAGAUCGUAUUUCUAUCCGGAGUCGCUACUCUACCCAAGAUCCCAUUCCCAUCGACAACACCGUCUCUCGUUCGAACACCCGUGCUAGUGUUGCAAUAGAUCGCUGGCGGCCGCCGGAUGUUGGGAAGGAAAGCGGUAAAUCUUCAAGGAGACAGACUUCUGGCAGCAUCAGUCCUAGUACCAUACCACAUCAUGAGAUGGUAUCGGAAGUGGUGGAUCAGACGAUCGCAGUCGUCGAUCCACAAGAGACGAAGACAAAUCCAGGGGCAUUGCAAAUUAUUCCACAAAAGCCUCUCGUGGGCACAAAGAGCAGGGAGAUGGUGCCUAGAAGCAGGUCGGAUCGAAAGGCUUCCGUCGGUUGGACCUUUCACGAUGGUCUCAUACUAAGGAACGAUGACAGACUUCAGAGUACUACAGGGACGUCUACCGGUAACGCAAACCUCGAUUUGGGAGCCAAAUCGAAGCACAUGAUCCCAAUCCAUUGGAGCUUUCAUGAAGGCAUGAUAUUCAGAGCUGAUCAGUGUACCGAAGAUGAGGAUGGUACUUCGAAAGCCAAGUCGAAGCGUAUGAUACCCAUAGGUUGGAGCUUUUACGAAGGGUUUGCAUUCAGACCUGAUGGUUCGAUCGAAGCGAUCUCGAAAGCAACUGGAAGAAGCGAGGAGAUUGUGCCUAGGAGCAAGUCGAAGCGUAUGAUCCCCAUCGGUUGGACGUUCCAAGAGGGUCUCAUAUUCACCAUUGAUGAUUCGGUCCGAGAUGCCUUGACUUCGUCUGACAAGAGCAAGGACAUCGAAUCGGAAGCUCGUGCUCAACGUCUGCCCAUUGCCUGGUCCUUUCACGAUGGUUUCAUACUCGGGAAUAAUGCUAAAGUCAGAGAUACCUCGAAGAAAGCUUGCGAUAACAUAGAGGUUGCCACUAUGCCUAGGUCAAAGCGUACUGUUGGCUGGACUUUCACUGACGGCCUGAUAAUCAAAAAUGGUGGCGGGAUGUCGCCCAACAACGGAGGGAUAGCGACUAGGACCCAAUCGAAACGUUCAGUUACUUGGUCCUUCAGCGACGGCCUCAUCAUCAAGACUCAUGUAGGGGCUUCACUCAAAAACAGGAAGCUUGCCACUGGGACUAGUCCAAGGCAAGCUAUCAGCUGGAGCUUUCACGAUGGCCUAGUAAUUGGGACUAAUAGCCGCGUCGCCAAGCGCUCUGGCCAAAACAGAAGUACAUCGACGAGUACUGAGUCCAAGGGAAUGUCUGCUAGCUGGGGCUUUUACGAAGGCUUGACAAUCAAGCAGCGAUCUAAUUCCAAAGGCAAAGGAAAGGGAAAGGGUGUGGACAGGAACCUGCACCCUUUGUUCCCUAAGUCGAACGCCGGACAGCGUCGGCGUAUCACAUACACUUUCUGGGAUGGUGUCACGAUGCGAACAAUUGAUGGGGCUUCAAGUCGAGCCUUGACUCAGUCGAAGUCGAAGCUCGGCUGGACAUUCCACGAUGGAAUCUGCAGGACGACUGUUGAGCCUUCGAAUCAGGUUUCCACCUGGGCCCAACCGAAGCGCACGUACGGCUGGACCUUCUAUGACGGUCUGAGAAUCGAGCCCAAUGUUGAAGCUGGAACCUUUUCAAAGACAUCAUCAGCGAUUCGUGGCCCUGCAUUUCCCAACUCGCGUUCGGCCCAAUUGACGAAUAGGGAUACUCUAAGUCUUCCGAACGAAAAAAGGGCUGAGCUAUUUCCAAAAAAGCCAUCGGAGGAUGCUGUGUCUGAUGUUCCAAACGAGGCUGCUCUGGACGAAGGACAGCUUGAUUCCUCCCAGCGACCCAGGCCGUUGCCAUCAUCUAUCCCACCUAAGGAACCCGAUCUGUCUCCGAAAUCGAAGCCUCCACCCCCGUCUUCUUCUUCAUCCGGGGUUUCCUAUUUCUCGGCCCAGCCUGGAUCAUCAAACGUAAACCUGGCACCUGUUCAAGAUAGACCCAAGAGACCACCAACCUCACGAGCCAAUACCAGAUUAGAAACAUCUCCAAGCGUCUCCGAUACACGGUACUAUGUUAUCGAAAAGGGAAAAGCCGUCGCAAAGGACGCCUUCAACCAGCCUCCUACGCCCAACUCAAACAAAGAUGCCACGCCUCUACCUCUGAAGCCUAGAAUUAGGCAGAAACCACUACGAUCUAGACCCUCCCUUGAAGACUGGGACGGAACCUUCCCCCGCUCUACCUUUGAGUCUGCGACCAGGCGGAGACAACGCUCGAAGACUAAACUCCCUAUCGAAAAUGGUAACGGUAUACCUCCAGCACUUGCACCCAGGCGCAAGGACGUGCCUCCUCCAACUGCUUCUAAGUACCGCAUCGAGCACAUCGAGGACGGAAAUGCUGUACCUACAUCUACGGGUCCGCUUCUUCAGCCUCAAGCGCUUUCGGCCAUGCGGAAAAAUAUAAUCGCUGGAUACUAA